AUGUACUGCUCGUUAGCUGCCUGUCUCGGGGUUUACGUGGCUGCCGUAUGGUUGUACGAAAACUUCCGCACUCCGGUGCUGCUGGUGCUACAGACCCUCAGGCAGCUGGUGUUCCGACAGAAGCUCUCUCAACGAUAUGGCCAAUGGGCCGUCAUCACCGGUGCAUCGGACGGCAUUGGCAAGGGAUACGCACACUACCUCGCGGGGAAAGGUAUGGCGAUCGUGCUGGUAGCGCGCAAUGCAGCCAAGCUAAACAAGGUAGCCGACGAAAUAAAGGCCAAGCACGGUGUGGAGACCAAGGUUCUGGUGGCAGAUUUCUCCAAAGGCGCUGAGAUCUAUCCUCAGCUCGAGAAAGCACUCGUUCCGCUGGAUGUUGGCAUUUUGGUCAAUAACGUUGGCGUCUCGCACGACACACCGAUGUACGUUGACGAGGUGCCGCAGCAGACGCUUUGGGACUUGAUCCACGUGAAUGUGGCCGCUGCGACGCUGCUCUGCAACAUCCUUGCGCCCUCCAUGAAACGGCGGCAGCGGGGUCUCAUCAUAAACGUGUCCUCGAUUGCCUCCGUCUGCCCUUCGCCCUGUAUGGCCACGUACGCCGCCUCGAAAGCGUACAUGACCAGCUUCUCGAUUGCGCUGCGCGACGAGCUGCGACCGUUCGGGGUGGAGGUGCAAACCGUCCGUCCCUCGUUCGUGCACACCAACAUGACCGACUUCCUGGUCACGGGCAAGGAGAAAUGGAGCAAAAAUAUGAUGGUCCGGGUGGACAACUUUAUGGCGUACGCUGGCUGCACGAUUGGCAAGGUUGACAUGACCAGCGGUCACUGGUCACACGGGCUGCAGCUGGCCGGCCUCAGCAUGGUGCCGGAGGUUGUGCGCGUUUACAUGUUUGGGCUGAUCAACAAGAAGCUGCGCGAACAAUUUCAUGUAAAAAAUAACAACAAAAAGCGUUAGAAACGGUUUGUAAAUACAAAGCAUCAUCAACGCCAAA